AUGGGAUAUAUUGAAAAUAUAACAGUUGAAAAUUCAUCAUUAACAAUAUCUUCAUCAUCAUCAUCAUUGAUUAUUAUAGCACUAUGGCCAAUACGUAUUGCCUGUCCCAUUCUUAUAUUAUUAUGUCCAAUAGCAAAUCUAUUAUGUAUUCGAGUAUUUCAAAGUAAAGAAUAUGAAAAAAGUUCAUCAAAAUAUUAUUUUAUAUGGAUUGCUAUUUUUGACACAAUUUAUGUUAUGGUAACAGCUCCAUUAAUUUUUUUAAUAACAUUUGAAAUCUAUAUAUUAAAUAAGGGUAUUAUCCUUUGUAAAUUAAUUGUAUUUCUUAAUUAUUUAUCCUGUCAAAUAUCAGCUGGACUUUUAGCAUGUUUAUCAAUCGAUCGACUAUUAGCAACAUCAUUUUUUUCAUUAUAUCGAUAUAAUUGUUCACCACAUAUUUCAUUUAUUGUUUGUAUUGUUGUUAUUAUCAUAAUGUCAGUAGUUAAUAGUCAUUAUUUAAUUGGUUAUAACAUUGAUAUAAAAGGUUUUUGUGUACCAGAACCAUUAUGGUAUCGAACUAUUUAUUAUCGUUUAAAAGUUGUUUAUCUAUUAUCCUAUUCAAUUAUUCCAUUUUCUAUUAUAACUGUUUGUAAUUUAUUUAUAUCAAUUGGUGUUUGUAAAACAAAAGCAAAAUUUCGUCGAAAAUAUUCAAAAAUAUUAAGUCAUAAAACAUUAUCUUGUGAACAUCCAUUAACAAAGGCACCAGUUACAGCUACACAUAUAUCAUCAAUGUUUGAUCAAGUAUUUAUACCAUCUCCAAUUCAUACUGACAAAGAUAGUGAAACAAAACAUUUUCUAUCAUUUAAACGAUAUUCAUCAAGAGCAAUGAAAAUUGAUAAUCACACACGUCCACAUGAAAUAAACGUGUUGAUGAAGAGAAAGAAAGAAUUUGUUAAUAAAACAACAGAUACCAAUGAUGACUGGGAACUUUCAGCACUUACAUCAAAUAAAUUAAUAUUAAAUGACAUUGAACAAAGUCAAAAAUCGGCAACUAUUUCGGUUGACGAUAAUUCAAUAAGAUCUACCAUAGACAUUGAUCAUAGUAAAUCAUUUUCCUCAAAACAACUAUCCUCUCAAUUACCAUCAUUACCAGUAUCACUACCAUCAUCACCAACAUUAUCGUCAGCUAUAUGUUAUCGUUCUAGUUUAGAAUCUCGAGGUAGUGCUACUCAUUUUAAGGCACCUUUGAAUGCGCAAUCAUCAACAUCGUCAGCUAAAAUGUGUAUGCAACUUCAAAUAACUAUCAGCCUAUUAGCUAUUAGUAUUUCGUUUAUUUUUUGUACAUUACCAAAUUGUAUAUCAACUAUUAUGAUUGAAAGUAAUACAAAUGACAAUCGUACAAGAGAAUUUUGGCAAGCAAUGAAUUAUUUUUCGCUUGUACCCUUAUUAAUUACACAUAGUGUUAACUUUAUAUUCUAUUAUUUAUCAAGUCACAUGUUUCGAGACAGGUUUAAAAAAUUAUACAUAGAAUAA